GAGCGUUGGAUGUCGAACAUUGAGCGCAAACAUCACGUUUCAAUGUCAUAGCCACUGCACUUCUAUAAUCAAGCACCCCGUGCCCUCAGUGAUGAGCACUCUUUCAUCCGCCGACGAGGCCCAGCUCAAGGCGCAGCUGCAGGACGCUGUCGUCGCGUGCACCGAGCGCUGUCUCUACCACUCAGCAAAAUGGGCCGCAGAGCUGCUCACUUCGCUGCCCUCCUCGGACGAUGAUGGCUCCGAUACAGACGUCGAUUCACCAAUGUCGGAUGCAUCGCCUCCACACACGCCGAAUCCCGUACCCAAGGACCCCAUCGAGGCGCGGUUAGAAGCCCGAGAGGCGCACAAGUUUCUCCUCGCCAAAACCUACUUCGACUGCCGCGAGUUCGAUCGAUGCGCCGCCGUCUUCCUCCCCGCAGCCCUCCCCCGAGGCGCCGCAUACGCUACAUCCUCUCCCGCACCCAAGACAAGACAGGCAGCGAAGGGCAAGGCGAAAACUAGCACCCCCGCACAGCCCAAAGCGCCUACCGAUGCAGUCUUCGGCCUGAGCCAGAAGUCACUCUUCCUGGCCCUGUAUGCCAAGUACAUCGCCGGCGAGAAGCGCGUGAACGAGGAUAGUGAGAUGAUUCUGGGUCCACAGGACGGCGGUGUCACAUUGAAUAAAGAGCUGCCUGGCAUCUCAGCCAUCUUAGAACAAUGGUUCACCAAGCUCUCCACGAGCGGACGACAGCCUCAAGGGUGGCUGGAAUAUCUGUAUGGUAUCGUCCUUGCAAAAGGAAAGAACGAGAAACUCGCCAUCGACUACCUCAUACGCAGCGUCCAGCACUACACCUACAACUGGGGCGCAUGGCAAGAGCUCACAAGCCUGCUGAGCACCAUAGAAGAGCUCAAUCAACUCGUCGACCGCCUGCCACAGAACAUCAUGACCUUCAUAUUCCACGUGACAUCAUCACAGGAGCUGUAUUCGGCCAACGAACAGGUCCAUACCUCUCUUUCGCAAAUUACAGCCUUCUUCCCCAACUCCGCCUUCCUGAAGACGCAACGCGCAUUGCUGCACUACCACAACAAGGACUUUGACGAUGCAGAGCAAAUCUUUUCCGACCUACUCGUUACCGACCCGCAUCGCGUCGACCACCUCGACAACUACUCCAACAUCUUGUAUGUCAUGGGUAUGCGGCCAAAACUCGCCUUCCUAGCCCAACUCGCAACGGCAACAGACAAAUUCCGACCCGAAACAUGCUGCGUAGUCGGCAACUACUACUCCCUCAAAUCAGAACACGAAAAGGCCGUCAUGUACUUCCGCCGCGCCCUGACAUUGGACCGCAAUUUCCUCUCCGCUUGGACGCUGAUGGGCCACGAAUUCGUCGAGAUGAAAAACACCCACGCAGCCAUCGAGUCCUACCGGCGAGCCGUCGAUGUGAAUCGCAAAGACUACCGCGCGUGGUAUGGUCUUGGUCAGACAUACGAAGUCCUGGAAAUGCACUCGUAUGCGCUGUUCUACCAUCAGCGCGCUGCUGCUCUAAGACCUUACGAUCCUAAGCUGUGGAUGGCAGUCGGUCAAUGUUUCGGCAAGGUCGGCAAAAUCAUGAACGGCAUACGAGCAUACAAACGCGCGCUAGUGGCUGGCUCCUACUAUGACGCCGGCGUCGGCUCGUCGUUUGGCAGUGGCGAUGCCCCGGGUUUGGGUGGCGGUAUCCUCGACCCGGAAGUGCUGUAUCAGAUCGCACUGCUAUACGAGCGUCUCAACAACAUGCCAGAAUCUGCAGCUUACAUGGAGCUUGUCCUCGCGCAGGAAGAAGGUCCCGAAGCUGAUGAUGAAGUCGGCGGCGGUGUGGGUGUUACCGCGACGACUAGCAAGGCUAGGCUGUGGCUCGCGAGAUGGGAGUACAUGCGCGGUAUGUACCAGAGGAGUAUGGAGCUUGCGAAUGAGCUGUGUCAGGAUGGCGUCGAGGUUGAGGAUGCGAAGGCGCUGGUUAGAGAUAUUCGUGCGCGUAUGGAGAGGGAGGGGGAUACGGAGUCUUGAUCUGGAGGGAAAUAGAGAGCUUUUUGUGGGCGCUUAGGUACGAUACCCAAACUUUUGCUUCACAUUUACAUCACGUCUGUUACAUCUUGUCUUUUUUGCCGACUACACCUUUCGCUGCCCACGAGUAGAUGUCAGUGUGAUUCAGGAUUGUCGUUGACCGUGUCAGUUUCUUCAACAUACUUGGCUAGGGGAAAGGCAAAGGCAACGGUCAAUAUCAACG